AUGACCACCAACCCAACCACCAUCCAAGCCGAAACCUGGACAACACUCCCCCGACAAUUCCGCAAUCUACAAACAAACUCCGAACACUCCCAGAACCAAAAGCGCGGAAAACCCCUCGAUUCCUUCCUCGAAGGCCCCCUCUACGUCCCCGACCUGGCCCUCCUCUUCGUACCCGACAUUCCCUACGGCCGGAUCUUCUCCGUCGACUCCAACGCAACCUGGUUCCUCGUGAUCGAAUACGACGGCGAACCCAACGGCCUAGUAUGGAACCACAUCACACACAGAGUCGUGAUCGCCGAUUUCAAACAAGGUAUUAUGGAGCUGUAG